AUUUUUAAAAUUUUUAAUCUUAAGCUGACAAAUAUGUUGUAUAUAAAUAUAGAUUCCAGGUAAGUUUAUUUUGUAACUAAAAUAUAGUGAUUGAUAUCUUAUAUAUAUUGUAUUUUUAUUAUUUUUAUUUUUAAUUAAUGUGACAACGUUGCAUAAAAGUUAGCAGGUAAGAACGUUCUCAAUCGUGCUAUUAAAAAAGGUACGGCCGAUAAGGACCGUUCUCAAUCGUGUUCUACCCGGACAGUCAUACUACUCAUACUCAUACAUAAAAAAAAACUUCUUUAUUUUUAAAGGUAUACAUGGAUUCAGAAUUGUAAUAUAAGAUUGUAACCUACUUAAUAUUCCAUAUUAUCCUAAACACUGACAAAAGAUUUGCAUUGGAUGAAUUAUGUUCUGUCGACAAUUGGCUCAUACUCGGGUAGUCCGGUUAAACUUGGGUAUCUGUUAGAGAUCGAAAAUAAUGUCUUUUAAAGUUUUAAUUUGUCUAUUUGAAAUCAUCAAUAUCAAAUAAAAUCAUUGAUUGAAACAAAAUUACAUCAUUCAAAUUAGUAAUUUAAUAAAGUAUAGUGAGUCCGUUACAUGAUGUAGGUAUUCACAAUUUUUUAAUAUUUUUAGUAGUCUUUAUUCGUUUAAUUUUUUUUCAUUGUAGUUUUUUUUCUCUAGACAAUUACUUUAAGCAAUGAUUUAAAUAUUUAGUCGUUUACUGUUUACUGUUCAAUGGUUACUUUUAACUUAUUUUAGAGAAGGGUGAACUGGGUAACUGAAGAAUGACCAAGAUUCAGGAUUCAGGAAUAAGUUAAAAUGAAGUUACAGUCACAAAUUCACAAUUCACAACUCGCUGUGUCCAAUAAUAUAUUAUUUUCUGAUUGGCUUAUUAAAACACGGUAGUAAAAGUCUUAUAAUACCUACCAAAACGUAACCACGAUGGCCAUGAAUAUAAAUUCUAUUUUUGACCAUGGUAUAGAGUAUAUAGAAAAAUAUUAUUUUUGUAUACUUGUAGAUUCUGUUUUAACCACGGUGUAAUAUAUAAUAUACUUUUAAACUAUUUACAUGUUAGUGAUUACUGACUAGGAAAUUAAUAUUUAUUUAUUUUAAUAUUAAAUGGAUUUGGUCCUAAUUAUAAAUACAUUAUGAGUAUAUUAAAUACAUAACAUUUUUAAAUAUAUAAUUAAUUUAACAGAACAAAAAUUAGUCAUAUUUAACGUAUAAAAGUAGAUAUAUCAAUAUUUACCUAACCUUUUUGGUGGUCCUGACCAGCAAUUUUAAUAAUAUCUUUUUUAUGAGUGCAUGAGCACCAUACACACCCACCACACCGGAUACUGCGAGCGACAACUGGGCCAAUUUCAUUCAACGAAAUACUUCAGUGUUGCUUAUUAUUUGGAUCCGUGUGAUUAACACUUUCUAGUUGUAUUAAGACAACUACGCAGGUUAACGAAUUCAACAGCGAAUAAGGUAAGAUGCAUGAGCAUCAUUUUAUUUGCGUUAAUUUGUAUAAUUCUGCUUUUAUACGUUUUAUUACUACGGUGUAUUUGAUCAUAUUCUCGAAUCACGAUCUCGAGAGCCCUCCGACCAUCGGUAGGAAGGUAAUAGUGUAAAUUUAAAUAAUUUUAAUAUUUACAUCUGAUGGGUACCUAACUGUAUUCUCCAGCACUUGUAAGUGUAGGGAUAAAGGUUCCACAGAUCCGACAUUUAUUCAAGGCUUGGGUCCUUUGUAUCUUUCCUCUUUAGAGUUAUUAUCUCAACUAUCUAUUUUAAUUUAUUUUAUUUUUGCGUUAUUACAUAUCUGUUGUAAAAAAAUACAUUUAUAGUUUAUACAUUUUUAGGUUUAAAAACUAACCAAUUUUUUUGUGUCGUGUAAUCAUAGCAUCAUAAGUGAUUUCACGGUGGAAUGAUGCUCAAUCAACAGCGGAUUGUUGAGACAUUUGUUUUUGUUUUUUUAAUAAAUGAUAAAGAUACAUUUUCAAGCCAUAAAUAAGGAAAAGAGACUAUUUGGUUUAGAUUUAAUGUGAUUUGUUGAAAAAUGUAUCCUUUCUUAUAGACCGUUUUUUUUAUUUUUUAUGACUGUUUGUUGUUCGACACCGCCAAGUAAAUCCGUCAACGCAUCUCACAUCUUCGCAUAGCUGCUUAAUUACAUUGAGAGACACUGGACCAGAAGUAUUAUUUUCAAAAACAUCGUUUAUUUCAAUAAUAUUUAUGAUCGACAAUCGACAUAUUUUUAUUAUUUAACACUAUAACACUACGUUAUAUACAACGUAAACCACUUAACGAUACGGAAUUCAAGUUAAUCUGUAGUUUAACUUCACUUUUAUGAUUAUUAACCGAAUAGAACGAAAAGGUAAUGGCAAAUUGGCAAAAACUAAAUCUUAUCUGUAGUAUAUCCAUUAUAUUACAAGACAAUAUUUUGUCAUGUUACAAGAUAUUACACUAUAAAUAGAAGGAUCUCUUUGGAUUUAUCAGAGAUUAGUGACUUGACUAUAUUGUAUAAAACUAUAUUUUGCACUGGAAUUACGAUAUUAAAACCAUACAUUCUCGUGUAUAGGUAAUACAAAUUUUCGGCAUUAUUUUUUAAAACUUUAAAAUACAGUUUUCCGAAAAAACAAAAAUUUGAUUUUUUUGAAAAUACGAUAUUAGCAUAUAUUUUAAAAAUGUUAAAAUACAGUGUACUCUCGGUUAUCCGCGUAACUACUAACUAAUGAUUUCCGGAAAAAACUUUUGGCACCAUAAUUUUUAAAACGUUAAAAUACAUAGGUUUCCAAAAAAAAACCAAAAUUUCGAGGCGGUGCUAAACUAGAUUUGUUCCCAAAUAUGAUGUGUUGCGCGCGCUAUUUUCUAAUACCCGUGUGUCCGCGUGUCAUAAUCGGCAUUUAUUUUUUCAUCUAGUGGCACUGGCUAUCAUUAUAGGCUAUGGUGGUAGGUAAUAGUGUGUAUAGAACUUACUUUUUACUCUAAGCCCUAAGGAAUCCUAGAAUAUAUAAAUUAUUACUUAUUAGCGUAAUAACGUUAGUGAUACUGUUACUUUUACUGGGGAACAAAUCUUAUAGUCUUAUACACACGAUACUAUUACCACCAUAGUCCAUAGCCUAUAAUGAUAGCCAGUGCCACUAGAUGAUAAAAAUAAAUGCCUAUAAUGACACGCAGACAUACGGUAUUAGAAAAUAGCGCGCGCGACACGACAUCAUAUUUGAUAACAGUAGAAAGCUGUUAUCAUUGAGAAAAUCAGGCCAAUGACCAUUCUAUUCUAAUAUUCUCUCGACGUUUAAAGUCUUCCAAGUUCCAAGUUCUACUUCGUAAUUGGCAAAUCGUAAUGCUCGUUAAUAGGGAUUACAAUGUAAUAUCGAUUGUUAUUAAAUAUUUUAUGUUUUACAUUUAUCGUUCAUUAUAAUUACUUUUAAAUACGAGUAAAUUAUUGUUUGAAUUCCACGAGCAAUGCAAACUAAAAUGGACAAAACCGAAGAUUCGUUUAAUAACAAUUACACUACUUACGAGUACUCUAAAGAAGAUGGGACCAGGGAAAAGAAACAUUUCAACGGUUACCAGCACAAAUCAUCGCAAUAUGACGAAGUUGUAACCCAAUUGUUUUCUAAGCAAUUUUGCAUGCCAAAUCAAAGCAAAUGGAAACUUCCUGACCCAGACACUAUGCUAAGUCAAUGCAAAUGGGAGUUACCAGAUUUUAUACAUUUAAAAAAAUCACUUAAUAAAGUCAAGGAUAAACUCGAUGAUUUUAACUUAGCUGAAUGGCAUAAAAAUACAAAACAAACAAACCCAGCUAGUAAAGUCAUUUCUAAAGUUAGAGGAAUUGGACAUCCAGAAUUAUUAACUGGGGCUUGGUUGAAGUUUUUUGAACUAUUAAACGAUUAUAAAUUAAUACCUCAAAAAUGUAUAGACAAUGGUAAAUUGUAUAGUGUUCAUUUAUGUGAAGCUCCGGGUGGUUUUAUUUCUGCUCUCAACCACUAUAUUGUUAGCCAAGAAAUAGAUGUCAAAUGGGAUUGGAUAGGAGUUUCAUUAAAUCCAUAUCACGAAGGAAACGGUAAUCCUGAUUUAAUAAAUGAUGAUAGAUUCAUGUUAUUCACAAUAAACCAUUGGUUUUUUGGUACGGAUCAUACUGGUGAUAUUUUCCAAAAAAACUUCUACAAAGAUUUAUAUGCCUUUGUUAAAAACCGUUUUGGUGAAAAAGCAAAUUUGGUAACAGCUGAUGGUAGUAUGGACUGCCAAAAUAAUCCUGAUGAACAAGAAAAUGUAGUAAUGCGACUUCAAAUAGUUGAAACUAUGGUCGCUUUAAUGAUACUUCAAGAAGGUGGUACUUUUGUUCUAAAAAUGUUUACUAUGUUUGAAUGCAAUUCGUUAUGUCGAAUAUAUUUGUUAUGCUGUGCUUUUAAUUCAGUACAAAUAAAAAAACCAGUUACUAGUAAACAAGGAAAUUCUGAAAUUUAUAUUGUAUGUUGCGGAUACAAAGGCUUACAACAUGUGGAACCUUGGAUUCAUACAUAUUUUUCAACUAUUGAACGGACUGUGUCUGAUUAUAGUAUGUUUCCAUUAAAAGAAUUGCCUAAAGAUUUUUUAUCGUCUAUGUAUAACUGUUCAAAAUAUUUUAGUGAACUACAAAUGCAAAUUAUUGAAAACAACAUAGAACGAUUUGUAAAAAAAAUUGAAAAUGACACUAAAUAUUUAACCGAGUUACAAUAUUGGGUUGCUAAAACAUAUGCUCAUAAAUAUAAAGUAAAACCAAUAGAAUCAUCACAGGAAAUAGUUGGACAAAAUAAACUUCAGAGUUUACAGUAUGAUUUUCCAAAAGUUUCAACUAUGAAGUUAGUCAUGGAUUAUUCAUUUUCUGAGAAACAACGUAGGAUUGAAUGUCAAGCAUCAGAUGAAGCGAAGUUACUUCAAGAUGAAAUUAAUAUGUUUAAACAAUAUCAAUGGCAAUAUGACUCAACAGUUUUAUGGUUUACUGCUGAGGAUGCCAAAAUUCACUCAUCUGAUUUUAAUAUACAAAUGGGUAAACCUGUAUCUGUGGUACGUAACUCAAAGUUUUGUGUGAAUACACUAAUCGACUAUAGUAACCGGGCAAGAUCACUAUUUACUAUUCCUAUUGAGGAUAAUAUUAAGCGUAGAGAUUACUUUUGGCUUCAAAUUCCAAGGCAAACUAUCAAUGGACAAUUAAUUGUUUGUGAUGUCACUUCGAUAUAUAUCAGCGAUUGUAUCAACAAUAAUCGAAAACAACAUGAUUCUUUGAUUGCUAUCUUAGAAUCAUUUGAAAAGCUUCAAACUUCUGAUAGCUUAUUAGUAAUUGGAUAUCCGUUGCUUACUCAAGUGAAUGUUGGUGUUUUCUUUAUACUUUUAAAUAUGUUCCUAAAGACUGGUAUGAUGAAACCUGAUGAAAUGGGUCAUGCUUUUGUGUUUUGUUCAAAAGUUAAUGACAAACAUGUAGAUGAAUUUAUAGCUCUUUUAAAGAAAUUAAAAGAGCAUAUUAAAGAUCCUAGUAUCAUAGAUAUAGUUGAAAAACAAGAACAAUCUUUGAUAUCAUUCAUUCCAAUUAAGAAAGUUAUGUUUCAACCUAUUUAUAAAGAUAUUGUUACUGUUAAUUGUUUGCUUAUAAUCAAUGAAGUGAAAAAAACUGUUUGUUCUUACUUGCAACAAUAAUGAAAAAUUUGUUAUCAGAAGAUAAUUAAUUAAAUAUUUUUUUUUUUUCAUUGUUAUGUAUUAUUUUGUUGAAAUUUACUAUAUUCACUAGGUAUUUGAACCACUAAAAAUAUAGAUAAUUUGUGAUAAUUAUUUUUAAAUUUAUUACUAUAUUAUAAUAUAUUAAUGUUAUUUGUUUCAUUAACAUUUAAAUUGUUUAUACCUAACUUAUUUUAUAAAUAUGUUCUAAAGUACGUUUGGGAAAUAAUUGAAAUACCAUUUUAUACCUAUGAAUAUAUUUUUCAUAUCUUUUGUAAUGUACUAAUCAAAUUUAAAUGGCCUAUUGUGAUUAUAUUUAGAAAAGACUGAUGAUAGAAAUAUUUUAAGUCAUUAAUUAAUCAUAGCAUUAACAUAUUAUAGACAAAUAAUAUGUAUGUAAUAAUUUAAUAUUAUAAAUUAUAAUAUGUAUACGCAUUAUAUAUAUUAAUAUAAUUUGUUAAUCAUUAAAGAAAUUAUGAAAAACCAAAGCAAUUUAGUUGCAUUUUAUUCCAGCGUCGACUGUUUUUAUAUUACAUGAAAUUGUUUUUUUUUUUUAUAUUUUAUACAAUGUUUAUUAUAUGUAGAAUAUUUAUAUUAAACAUAAUAAUUUAUUAUUUUAAAUAAACCUAGUAUUAUUAAUGUUGUUAAAUUUAUAUUUUAAGAAAUUAAAUAAUUUUUUAAUGA